GUUUCGGGAUGGAUUUCUGCAGUUCCUGGGGAUCGUGCUGCCAGUCGUUGGUCUAUUACAAAACCCAGAAAUUCGUCAUCGCCAAGAACAAGAACGUGGGAAUCUUGUAUCGGGUUGGGCAACUUGCGAUCCUCGGCUACCUGCUGGGGUGGGUGUUCCUAGCAAAGAAAGGUUACCAGGAAACAGACAUUUCGAUGGAAAGUUCAGUGAUAACUAAACUAAAGGGCGUUGUUCAGACUAACACCUCUGACAUUGGGCCUCGUCUCUGGGAUGUUGUUGAUUACGUCAUACCCCCUCAGGGUGAUAAUGUUUUCUUUGUUAUGACAAAUAUGUUGAUGACUCCAGAUCAGACAGAAGGAGUUUGUGCUGAGGAUUCCAGCAUUCUAGAUGCUCGGUGUCGAAAUAACAGUGACUGCCAGCCAGGAGAAGCAGUGAUUGCUGGGAAUGGAGUAAAAACAGGCCGGUGUUUGAGCAAUGGGACUUGUGAAGUAUAUGCCUGGUGUCCUGUGGAAAGCAGCAAACUACCAAGCAAACCAAUCCUUGGGAAAGCUGCAAAUUUCACUGUCUUUAUAAAGAAUACGAUUCGCUUUCCAAAGUUUAACUUUGCAAAGAAGAAUAUCCUGGAAACCAGUGAUUACUCAUAUCUGAAAAAUUGCCAAUAUGACAAAACAAAAAACCCAUAUUGCCCAAUUUUUCGUCUAGGAGAAAUUGUCAGUUGGGCUGGGAGCAACUUCCAGGAAAUGGCUGUAAAGGGUGGAGUAAUAGGAAUAAUGAUUGAAUGGAACUGUGAUCUUGACAAAUCUCCUUCAAAGUGCAACCCUAUGUAUUCAUACACUCGACUGGACAACAAUUCUGCAGACAGAUCCAUUACAUCUGGAUACAACUUCAGAUUCGCUAAGUAUUAUAAGAAUGGAAUGGGAGCAGAGUUCCGAACGUUAUUUAAAGCAUAUGGAAUUCGUUUUGAUAUUAUGGUGAAUGGUAAGGCUGGUAGAUUUAGCAUCAUACCCACUGUGAUAAAUAUCGGCUCUGGACUUGCACUGAUGGGAGUGGGUGCAUUUAUCUGUGACAUCAUUUUGCUGUAUUUCAUUAAGAAAAGCACAUUUUACAGAGGGAAGAAGUAUGAAGAAGUGAGCUAUGAUCAUUCAUCUGCGGAGGACGAAAAGUUGGAAGCAGAACGGAUUGAUGUAAAAGUAAUGUCCGAAGGGAAAGUGACAGAAGAAAUCACAAGAAAUGAAAAUUAAAGUCAUCAGCAAAGUUUUGCAAAGCUAGCAACCACCAAACUCUAAAAGGAUAGCCUCUCUGUAGCAAUCAACUUGCCAUGUCUGAAAACUUGAAUCUAACUGCAACAAAUUUUAAAUGUAUUUUGGGUCUAAAGUUUGCAGGUCCCUCAAUAUCAGGUGCAAGGGCAUGGAUCCUGAAUCAAAUCAAUAGAUUUUGUUUUUCCAAUUA